UGAUGCGGUGGGGACGGAGUAGUUUAGGAGUCGACAUGAUGAAGACGAUAUUAUUUACCCUGCUUAUGAUAUGCGCCUGUGAUGGAGCUCGCCGCACAGCGCAACGGCGACAGGAUACGGAGCUGUACGCGCCAGCACCAAGCGUGGAGAGCCUGCAGGAGAUCGCCCAGGCCAUGGGAGCCGCCGGCUUCGAGGCCUACACCGAGGGCAAGGCGCUGGUGAAGAGGCUCAUCCCUCCAGACAACCAGCCUGAGGACAUCGUCGAGUAUCAAGGUGUAAUUGGCAGGUCUGGCGUGGACUUCCCGGCGUACCCCAACAUCCCGCACACGGGCUUCAACUGCAAGAACGUGCCAACUGGAUACUACGCCGACUUGGAGACCGAUUGCCAGGUAUUCCACAUUUGCGACACAUCCCGCAAGAUCUCGUUCCUUUGUCCCAACGGCACCAUCUUCAGCCAGUCGCACCUCAUAUGUGACUGGUGGUUCAAGGUGGACUGUGCCUCCGCCCCCGCCCUCUACGAGUCCAGCGCCGAGUACUACUCCAACGAACAGAAGAAAACACAGAAGAUCACCCAAAGCCUUAGCAAGAACCCUGACCUUCAGCAAAUCGGCGCGGAUAGCAACAUCAGGGCGGAGACCAGACGUACGCCAGUCAACGUGCCCAGCACGACUGAACGACUGCUCCGAAGCAGACAGAGACAGACUGAGAUCCCCAAAGCUACCGUCAAGACCUACCAAGCCUUGUUUACUGACAACUUCAACCCCACCCAGAGGACUGCAGCCACAACCGCCUUUGAGCAGAGAAGGAAGAGUUUAGUGCAACUGAUCUCCACAAACUUCGGUAACAUUCCUGCGAGGACCACGCAAGCUACUUAUACGGAGUCACCGGUUUACAGGAGUACUCCUGACUACAGUUUAAGAGAGAUGCAGGUUGCUGCUGAAACUGCUGCAUUCGCCAACAAUAAUAACAGGCAGUAUCUCCAAGAUUUCCAUAACAAGAACUACAGGCCAUACCCGGUGUACACACCAAACCUCCCUAAACCUAAAGCAAAGAGCAAUCCCAAUUUGACGACUCUUUACGAUAUUCGUGACAAGAACUCGCCCUCAUCGACCCCUGAGCCUACAACCAAACGGCCAACAUUGGUGCCAUACACUAAGAGUUAUUCCACAAUCAUUGAAAAACAGGAACCUUAUACAAGACCAGGAGUAUCUCUACUGAAAAACUUCCUUCAAAAGGAGAAGAAUAAGACAAUAACUACAACUACUACGACGACGACGACAACCACUGAGAAAAUUCCACAAGUAACUGCAAGGAGCGAUAAUAUUGAAAAACAAAAUAAAGUGACUAUCGACACUAAAGACAGUUUCGAAUCAGCAACCAAGAUUCCUCAUACGACCAGAGCUGAUGCUUACACACAAACCGCAUCCUAUGAUAGAUACGACAUCUACUCCACUACUAAUCAAGCUACCCAAACAACUACUGAACCCUCGUACCAAGAACGUCGCGAAAGACUCAUGAGAAAGCUGAACUUAGACAGGUUCGGACCCUCUGGACCCACUGAACCCACUGUGCAAACGACCAUGACUGACAGAUAUUUCGGAGAUCAGCCUAACAGGCCAGGAUUGGUUGUACCACCAUCGCUCACGCCGAAGACACUGCAUAGCUUGGCCAUUUACUACGCUACUGCUUUAGACAAUUUAUCGACAACUCCGAACCCAGAAGAAACUGAAACAGUGACGCCGCCGUUCGAUGAAUACGAAGCUAUGGAGGAAGUACUUCCAGCCCUGUUCAGUAGACAGACGAUAAACAAAUACACUAACCUCUUCGGACACCAAAUGACCAACGCGGAAUUAUUAGAAGAAAUAAGGGAAGAUCCCAAUGGUACUUACAAUGAAUUAGCUGAAGAUUUGAGUGUUCAGCAAAGUCAAAAUCCGAUCGCAACUUCUCCGCAAAUUAGAGAGCUUGCCCAAGUGUUCACACAUGCAUUGUCAGCCUAUUUACAAGAUCCGGUACAAUUCAGAAAAGUUUUGUCUGAUAUCAGGCCUACACAUCCAUCAUUUGGAGAUUUACUGACUACGACUGAAGAAUCCAUUAACACUGAACCAACAACUACUGUCAACGAAGAAGAUGACGAAAUAUUAGGCUUUUCGGAUGAUCAUAAAGCAGUACCACAAUUAUCGAAUGCACGAGAACCGAAAGCUUUGGGUAUACCGACAGUUUACCCUGUAACGGAAGCACCAACAACGACACCAAGACCAGUCACUGAAUACGUGCCAUCCUCUUCAUAUAGUUCACUUUCAACUACGGCCAGAAAUCCGUUCAGGUGUUGCGGGAGGAUAUCAGCUUCGUACACAUCACCUUCGACCACGCCUGCGCCUACAACCCCUACAUACACAAACACAGUGGCAGUGAAUGUUAAUACACUCAGGAACAGAAAUGCUGAACCCACAACUACAACCGAAAGUGAUUACUCAGUCCACAUAUACGGAGGAUUCCAGAACAAUGCGUUAACUCUGAACGAUUCACCUUACGGAAAGAACGUUGUUUCUACUGAAGGGAAACCUCUAAGCGAGUACAUUGAAGCUACGAACUUGCCAACUGCUUGGGGCAUCGACCCAUCUGUAUCAACGACCAGCGACUUCGAAAGCAAGAAGAUUAGAACAACCACAGCAAUACCAUCUACCACAUCAGUUUACUUCACAGAGACAGAAAGUGUUGAAUUAGAAAACGAAGAAGAAUUGCAAAGAGCACACAGUCAAUCGUUUGCAGCGCCUCAAGGUAACAGCAUUCGUCAUGGUAAACAGUUGAACUAUGAAGCAGAACCGAUUAAGAAACCUGCUGAAGAUCUUGAAGCUCCCACCAUUCCUGACGAAGACUUAACGACUGUACAAACUACAACGCAACCUACCACAACCGCCAGAGUAACCGAGACUGAAACUCUAACGCCCACACCGACCGUACCUGACAAUUUAUUUACAUCUCCUGAGGACAAGACGACAAAUCAAUUCGCCUGGUCGAGCACGUACGGAAACUGGCAGAGCACAGUCAUAGAUCCUAUCACACUGAACGAUGGCUUGAGUCCCACAGCACCUGACGAGAAUCAGGGAUUAUCAGACAACACUUACAUUCCUAAUACAGCCACUACUCCCACCGAGUACACUCCUACAGAACAGACAGCUUCAACAACAACAGUCAGUUAUGAAAUAACUACACAUGAACCUAAAGAUUCCGAUAGACAAGGAAGGCUGCUAAGAGAUUCUUCAACAGAAUCAAUUCAAGAUCUAACGACGAUAACCGAUACCGUUGUAGAAAAAGCUAAAGAAAUCAUGAACGCAACGACCACUGAGAAACUUAUGAACGUCAUGAUGAAAACGAAAUCAAAAACUGUGAAGAGAUUGAUAUUGUUGUUGAUACAGACAUGUGAUGAUGAUCAUAACACGACUGCUGAGGCAUCGAAGAAGGCGUUACUUGAGGCUUUAAUGGCUGUAUCUCAAAAGGAUAUGGAAGAUAUCGCUAAGGAAGGAAUUACUGAAACACCAACCGCAGAGGCUGAUAGAAAUAAUGCAAACAGAAGGACAGACAGAAUAGAAAGGCCAAGAGGUGAUAGAAGAGGAAAGAGCUUAAACUUCGAUCCGAGCGCCAUAAACUCGCUAUCAAACGCUAUACAAACGAGUACAACAGAGAAUAUAAAAACGACUGAAGAUUUAGAAACAGCAGCUACAACUUUCAGUCCACUUAGAACUAAUACGGCUAGUCGAAGAGGGGUCAAGAAAUUCCACGUUAGAACGACUCCAGUCGAACCUAAGACGACAACGAAGGCGCCUUUUGUCGAUACGCCGAUAGCUGAGGCUAGAGUGGCGCCCCCUAGCGACAAAGCGACGUCCGACACCAGAGCCUUAGAGUUAUUAAGGUCUCUGUACUCUAUUGCAGCACGGUGGGGUUGACACCACUCUAGUUGAAUAAGGAAUCUGUUUUUAUAUUUAGGGUUGAGUCCAGUGCGACAUUUUUUAUUUUUUUCUAGAUCAAAUUCGAUAUUUUUUUAGGUAAUCGUACGACGUUCCGACUUGUAACUUUCUUUGUUAUUUUGAAUGAAUAAUUUUGAAAUGUUAUGAAUAAAAAAAUACAUAUAACAAUCUGAAGAAAGUUAGCUUAAACAAAACAAAAAAGGAAUAUUACGCGUUAUGAACACAUACAACACGAACAAUAGACGCAGAAAUGUAAAUAAAAUUUAUCUUUGAAAAUGCUUAUUAAGUCAGAUAUUUUUCUAAAUAAAGAGAGUUACAAACGGAACGAUGCAACUAUAAAUAAUUUCAGACCCUAAAUAUAAACGUGUAAAUGUGAUUAUGUAGAUAGAAUUUAUUCGUUUUCAGCCGACAUUGUCCAUCAGUAUUUUCAAUAAAUGAAAAUUAUGAUGAAUACAGGGCUGCUCGUUCAAUAUGCACAUAAUUUUGUGUUGCCAGAAAAUAUUAAAGGAAAGAAAUAACAGUGAUUUAACUCUAAUCCAAACUUAUUGAGAUAUUUACUGAAAUAUUUCUACAAUUGGCACGUACCUACAAGUAUAUGGAAAGAGGCGUAAUUUUACUAAGUACCUCAAAUAUAAAUUAAUAUGUAAAUAUCCGAUACUCAUGAAUUGCGCAUGCAAUUUCAAACCAUGACAUACAAUGAUUAACUACAACAUUAUUAUGUGCAUAUUGCUCAAAACAGCCUCUCUAGUUGAUAACCUAGUUAACUUAUUACUUUUUGUUAUUGAAAAAAUUCGACUACAUAGACUUAAGCAUAGUAUUCUAUUUAUAAGAAACUGUAAUGUUUAAGUUUCCUAAUUUUAGGAACGAUCCUAGGCUAGAUACUGAGUUACCUACAUAGCUAUUUUACUUUAGGUAUAAUAAUCGUCGUUACACUGCCACGAAAUCACUGUAAUAUAUUCUAUACUGUUAAUGGACUAUUUUUAGUUGUAUUAUAUGUUAGAUAUUUUUUAGUAAAUUUUUUGUACGAAAAUAA